CGCAGUUGAACGAAGCGGUAUGUCUGGUGCUAACAUAGGAUGAACAUGGUCUUCAACAUGAACUUUGUGGUGCAAGCGCUCAUGAAGCAUUUAUGAGGAAUCUACGAUAUACAGCACUCGUCGGCAUCGCUCUAGAACACCGGGAGGACGACAUCGUUCAGAGAGAUGCUAUAUUAUUGCUUUAUCUGCAUUGGAGUGCUUUUUUGCCAUACAGUCAUUGCAGGAAAUUGUAGCCAGACUUAUUCGUCUCCUAGCCAUAUACGUGCGGAGUCAUUACCACACCAGCGCAGUGGAUACUGCCAGUAUGUUUUUACCGCGCCUAGACAUCAGCGAAUUCAGCUCAACUUUACACAACUCUAUGGAUUUGCAGAGACAAAAAAUGACUCUUUGCUGCCAUCACCAUCAUCAUCAGCAUCAUCCUCAUUGGCAUUACCACCAUCAUCAUCCUCAGCAUCAUCAGAUACAAUGUCAUCUUCAGCAUCAGCAUCAUCGUUGUCACCAUUGUCAUCAUUGUCAUCUUCACCAACAUCAUUAUCACCAAAAUUUGCGCCAACGCAAAGUCAUAAAGCCAUGCCGUUGCCACAUGGUAUAUCUGCCAAUCCGUCAGACAAAAAAGCGGCUCCCCCGAUAUCGCCCUCGCCCUUUCCCUCACCAUGUAUGCCAAAGAUUGAGAUUGUCGAGGUAGCUAACAAUGGCUCUGAAAGAACACUAAAUGUGAUAUGUGACAAUUAUGGAUCCCCAAAAGUCUUUCAAAGCUCAUACUCCCAUUUAUUGAAGUUGAAGUACUCGUGGACACCAGGCGAAUCAAGUGGAUUUACCCUGGAUUUUGACUUUUUAAAAUCCGAUGGUUACUGUCCCUUCAGAUGUUACGAUGGUGGUUGUCUGCCAGACACUUCCUUAGUGUGCAAUGAUUUCCCAGAUUGUCGAGAUAGCAGCGAUGAGAACCAGCGGGAAUGUAACCCGACUAUAGUGUCCACGUCCUCAGAGACUGUGGGACCUGAUAAUGGUGCUAAAGCAACUAAUGACUUUGUUCAGAUUAUUGUGAUAGUCCUCUCUGUCGUCUUCACUAUUGGUGUCGUGUCGUGCGUGAUCAACCACUACCGCUUGUCAGCACGCAUGUUUGGACGGCGCGUGCGGGAACCCAGCACGAGCUCGGAGCAGCAUCAGCUUAACCCCCACCCUCCGUCUCCCAGGCAGGAGGUAAUGUAUGUGCCUCCAAUCCCAUCAACCCCUCCCAGUCGCUUUGAGCGUGAGAUAGCAAUGCAACGGGAACGACAAAUUCGAUAUCAGUCUGUACAGAUGGAUAUGGAUAUGGAGCUCCCACCCUCCAUCCCGAUCUCUGAAGAUGGCGAGGAGGGCUAUGUGACUAGCCGGAGACUGUUACAAAUCUCUGCCUGUAAUCCCAGUAAGGAGCUGGAGAGAGAGUGCUUCCGCCCUCCCCCAAAUAAGACAAUCUUUGACGGUGAAAGCCCUCCGCCGUACCGAUCACAUUCAGCUGGACUGCUAGAGUGGCAGCAACGAAGGAAAGCACCGUCGACAUCAUCGUCGUCUUCAUCAUCCAUGGUGGGGCGUUUGGUGCGAGACUGUAAUAGCACCCCAACUGUUGUGCGCUGUAAUAGCUUAUCGUGUCAAAUGCAUAGCAAUCUUAGAGACAGGGAACUUGUGCAGAGACCCUGUAGUUGUACUAGUGCUAGUGCUGGAGGAGGAGGAGGAGAGCACUCACGACACACAAGUGGGAGUAGCAGCGGAAGUAGAAAUGACUUACCCCCAGAAUACAGUGAAGUUAUUGCUAAUUUAGAAGCAUAUUCUGACUCCUCCUUGACGAAUGAUUCGUCGCUGACCUCGUCUUCGGGGGCACCACUGACAUCAAAUGGGGGGACAACAAGAAGCAACUUGUGAUGCAGUCACGCACGAGCCAUUUAGUUUUUUCUAAGUGGAUAAAAAGCCAGCCAAUAGGAGUGCUCUCUGGCAUCCUAAGAUUUGUUUUAUAAUUUUGGCAAUUUUUUUUGCUAUCUCUUGCUGUGGUUUAGUUACCACAGCUAAGAGAAAUUGGCAAAGUACAGUAGAAUGUUGUCCUCUUGCUCAAUGUGUUCAUGUGACCUACAAUAGGUCAAGGUCACUCCAAUGUGGCUGUUCCUGCCAUGGUUACAGCUGUCACAGUUACAAAGUUAAACAGCAGUGGAGCAAGGCAGGGUGCAGGACAACCGACCGACCGGUGAUACUUUUCCCAAGUUGAAGGCAGUGGUGUUGUUGUAUAUAAUGCAAGACAGGCCAUACACUGCCAGCAGAGGGCCCUCUCUGUCUGUAUUCAUCCAAGAAAGGCCUUGCACCAUGCCCAGCUUGAAAAAGAUUAAAAAAACUAAAAACAAAACAAAAAAAUUUAAGUAACCACAAGAUCUCAUUGACAUUUUAUUUCUUCCAAAUUGCACAUGUGUAGCACUUGUGCUGUUGUAUUAUUAUUAUUAUUAUUUGUUCUUUCUCCUAUAAGCUAUAUGGAAGGGGGGAUAUAUAAUGACUGCAUAUUGUGGCUUGUGAGAUUACGGCCCCUUACCAACAGGACAGACAAAUUUAAUGGGAAUGCUCAGAUCUAAUCACUGAUAACGAAACUGGACUAGUUGCAGGAAAUCAGAAACAGACCAACAUUAACCAAGCGAACCUUCUGACCUUUUGGUUCCUAAUGUAAAGAAGAUGCUACCAUGCAUAAGCUAAGUGAAAGCACUCUGCAGAUUGAAGUGACUGGCAGGGGUCAGAGAACCAUUAAAAAUGUCUGGACUGGGCUGGAAGGGGAGCAGUGGCCGAAGCCCAAUACUUAACUGGACUGGGUCAGUCCCAAAAUGAUGUCAGACUGACUGUCAGUCCGCCGGUCAGUCCUUAAUCCUCUUAGUGCCACAAGCAAUGUCUGUCUGUAAAUGUGCCCCAUUAUUAUUUUUUAGGCAGUAGCAAAUUAAAAAGGACUGUCUAUUGAAGUUUAUAUAUAAAUAUAUAUAUUAUUAUAAUUAUUAUUAUAUUCCACUUGUUUUACAAUACAGUGUCUUGUGAGUUCGUUCCUAUUGUCAUUAUAUUAUUAUUAUUAUUAAUUAUUGCAUUGUGUGUGUGUUGAUGACAGGGCAGAUGCUCUGGGUGCAGCUGACAGAUGGGAUUUCUUGGGUCUGUGCGUACUGGUACUGCUCUCAUGUGCCAACACUCUACAUUGACCAAAAUUCAUGAAAAGAUGGAAGUAAUAAUUCUUAAGCCUGUAAGAUCUCCCCCCUUCCUUAUAAAUGCUUCUUUCAAUAAAGAUGGUAAAAGCUGUAUUGUUAUACAAAAUUACCCAAAUUAAGUUUUUUUUUUUUUUUUUUUUUUUUUUUUUUUGUACACUGUGUUUACGGAAUAAAGCAUAGAGUCUAGCUGUUAAUGUUUCUUCUUUUAAAAAUUGUAAUACCUACCAAGGUGGUUCUCUUGUGUGGGUAGAUUUUUUCCUUUAAGAUUUGUGAUCCUAGAAAUGAGCCAUAUAUUUUAUUUCUUUUGGUAUAUUGAUGGCCAAGGAGAUUUCAUCGGGGGGG